CCGUCAGUGAAGGCAGCAGCAGGACCCAGGGUGUGUGCAGUGAGUCAAGCUGACAGAGGGAGACAGGGAGAGGGAAACACGGGGAACAUCUGUGCCUGGUUCCGCCGUGUCCGUCUUCGGUCUCCUCGGGUCUCUCUGCGGUCUUCGGACCGGAUCAUGGACCGGUCUCUGAGCUAGUUCCCGAGGAAAACACGGACCGACCCCCGGAGCUAAACCUGCAGGUGGAGCCUCCAUCAUCUUCACCAUCAUCUCCGCCAGUUCCGCCCAGAGGAGCCCGAGCAGCGCAGCCAGGAUGCAGACCUUCCUGAGGGGUCGCCGGGUGGGAUACUGGCUCAGCGAGAAGAAGAUGAAGAAGCUGAACUUCCAAGCCUUCGCGGAUCUCUGCAGGAAAAGGGGAAUAGAAGUCGUACAGCUGGACCUCAGCCAGCCUCUGGAGGACCAGGGUCCGCUGGACCUCAUCAUCCACAAACUGACCGACCUCAUUCUGGAAGCGGACCAGAACGAUUCACAAGCCGUGCUGCAGGUCCAGAGAGUACAGGACUACAUUGACGCACACCCUGAGACCAUCGUCCUGGACCCUCUCCCUGCCAUCCGAACCCUGCUGGACCGCUGCAAGUCCUACCAGCUCGUCCACAGAAUAGAAAAGUGUAUGCAAGAUGAGAGGAUUUGCUCUCCUCCGUUCAUGGUCCUCAACACGGAGUGCACCCCGGACGUUCUGGAGCAGAUCAAGCUGCAGGGUCUCACAUUCCCCUUCAUUUGCAAAACUCGUGUGGCUCAUGGCACCAACUCCCAUGAGAUGGCCAUUAUCUUCAGCGAAGAGGACCUGAAGGACGUGAAGCCUCCGUGUGUGAUCCAGAGCUUCAUCAACCACAACGCGGUGCUGUACAAGGUGUUUGUGGUGGGGGACUCCUACACCGUGGUGGAGAGGCCCUCCCUGAAGAACUUCCCUGCUGGGCCUGCAGGUGAGCAGCGGCUGAGGAGUCCAGAGGCGGCGCACAUCCACACCGAAAGAAAAGCCAUUUUCUUCAACAGCCACAACGUCUCCAAACCCGAGUCGUCUUCAGACCUGACCUCGAGGGAGAACGUGGAGGGCGUGUCCCAGCCGCCCUGCGAUGAUGUCAUCAGGGAGCUGUCCAGGUCGCUGCGGCAGGCGCUGGGCGUGUCCCUGUUCGGCAUCGACGUCAUCAUCAACAACCAGACGGGUCAGCACGCGGUCAUCGACAUCAACGCGUUUCCCGGUUAUGAAGGCGUUCCGGAGUUCUUCAACGACCUGCUGAGCCACAUCAGCGGCGUCCUGCAGAGCCACAACCCGGACUUCGUUCCUGCCGGAGAUCAGCCCAAAGGCCUGACGGUGAGCGGCGGCGCCGGUGGCGCCGGCCCCCAGGCUCCGUGCGGCUGCAGCAGCGUGCGCGGGAAGGAGCUGCAGAGACUGGGCUGCAACUCGGCCGUGUCGCCCAACUUCCAGCAGCACUGCGUCUCCACGAUAGCUACGAAGGCCUCCUCCCAGUGACUGAGCCCGGCCCGACCCGGCCCGCUUGAUUCCUCAGCAAAUCACAGUGGUGACAGUAAUAAUAAUAAUAAUGAAGAUGAAUAAUAAUCAGAGUAAUUAUGAUGUUAAUAAUGUAUCUAAUCAAAAAUAGGCCUUUUCCUCUGUGGUUACUGAAACUGUUGGUGAUUGGGUGUAAGCUUCUUUCCUCUCUGCCUUUUUGUACAUUUGGUUCUGUCCGAUGAGACUGUAUCAGUACUGUAAUGUGAACCUUUGGGAACCGAACGGCUGAGUUCAGUUUCGCUGUAAAGAAAGAGUCCAGGCGAGGUAGCUAACGGCGGCUAACGGCCCGAUCCCGCCAAACGCUUAGACUGAAGCACAUCCGUAAUGCGACGGGCCGCGGUCCUGCGGGCCGCUGUCGGGUCAGAAGAAGGGAGUUCUUCUCGAAGUGCCAUGAAGUUAGUUUGAGAGAGAAGAGUUGAACAUCCGUGAUCACGUGACCAAGUUUGGUGGCGUUUCUGCAGCUGUUUGGCUCCAGAUGUUGAUUCUCUGCGACCACAUUCCCCGUUCUGCAUGUCUGCAAAGAAAUUCCAGGAUUGAUUUCCGAUAUUCCAGUGGAUCGUCUCCUUAAACGAGCGUGUCACUUUAAAACAAUAAACUAAAAGAUUCGAGAUUUUCAAAGUGUGAGACGCCUGAGCUCCUCAGAAAAAAAAUCCACAAACAUUUAGCCAACUUCAUAAAGCUAGAGACAAAUGGGUAAAUAUUUAGAACCUAAAUCAGUUUCAUUUCUGGUGAUUAUUUAAAGCUUGGAUUUUCAUGGUUUGGAUGUUAAGAUGCCCCACUAUGGGGCAAUAAUUGAGUCAUUUAGCAGAGCAAAAAAAUGUAAAUCAUAUUUUCUUUGUAUUACUCAUUUAUUUAUAAAUGUCAGUUUCAAACGAAAUAUUAAGUUAGCUGCUAAAUAUUUAGCUUCAAUUAAAUGUUUACUUAGCCAGCUUAAUGUUUACCUUAAAGCAAAUAUUUAUUUUGCAAAUUAGAUAUUUAGCUUCAAUCUAGAUAUUUAGCUAGGAAGCUGAAUAUUUAACUUCAAACUAAAUAUUUAGCUUUCAUCUAAAUGUUUAGUUAGCAAGCAAAAUAUUGAGUUUGAAACAAAAUGUUUUGUUAGCGAAUCAUAUUUAGUGUGAACCGAAAUAUUUGAUUCAAACUAAAUAUUUAGAUUGAACCAAAUCUGGAUAUUUAGUUAAAUCUAAACUAAAUAUUUAGAUUGAAACUAAAUAUGUAGUUUGAAGCAAAAUAUUUAGUAUUAAGCAAAAUAUUUAGUUAACAAGCGAAAUAUUUAGUUUCAAUCUAAGUGUUCAGUUAGCAAACUGAAUACUUAAUCUAAAGCUGCAUAUCAAGUUUGAAACUAAAUGUUUAGUUAGCAAGCUAAACAUUUAGCUAAACACAAAUAUUUAGGCAUUUGCCUUCAAACUAAAUA